AUGUCAGUUUCCUUCAUGAUAUGGAAUGCUAGAGGGCUCGGAAACUCCGACACUCUGAGCACCCUAAAACAUCUGAUUAAGACAUAUAAUCUUGAUUUUGUAGCCAUAAGCGAACCCCUGGUCUCUCCACAGCCUGAACUUCUCAAAAAGAAAUUAGGCAUGGAAUUCAGGGGUGUUGAUACUAAUGGACAGAUUUGGCUGCUGUCCCAGAGUGAUAUGGGGAUUGAGAUCCUGGACAGUUCUGAUCAACUUCUACACUGCCGGAUCAAUUCUCAAAGGUGGGCAUCGCCUAUGUACAUAUCAGCUGAUAUCUCAGGAGAGAUGGAUGGUUCCCCUUGGCUGAUCGGAGGGGAUUUCAACACAUUAAUCUCAGAAACCGAGCGACAAGGAGGUUCUCACAACAGAUACCGAGCGAUGCUCGACUUCGUGGAAGCCAUUGAGGACUGCCAAUUGCUUGAUCCUGGCUUUGACGGCCCGAAAUUCACUUGGGCCAGGGGACCCUCAGAGAAAGGCUGGAUAGAAUCCUCAUCGGGGAAGGUUGGAACAGCGUAUUCAGCAGCACCAGAGUCACUCACCUCCCCCGAGUUUCUUCCGACCACGGCCCCCUUCUUGUCCAAUGCUUUACAUCUACUGCAACAUCUCGACCUCCUUUCAGGCUACCAUGGGAUGAGGAACCUACAACUCAAACUCACAAGAACUAAGGGCGCACUUAAACGGUGGAACAAGGAGGUCUUUGGUAACCUCUUUGCGAAUCUUCGAAAAGCCGAAGAGGAAGCUGUCAAAGCACAGGAGUUGUUUGAUACAACGCCCUCCCCAGCCAACCGAUUAAAAAUGAACAGAGCAACGGCGGAAUAUAUCCUCCAAGUGCGGAUGGAGGAAGAUUUCUGGAAGCAAAAAUCAGCAAUCAAAUGGAUCACAGAAGAGGAACGGAACACGAAGUUUUUCCAUGGUUAG